GCGGAGCCAACAGGGAGUCAGUGGUAGGGAACUCUCUUGGGCACCCUUCCCUCCUUGGGGUGCUAUGGAGUUCCCAGAACACAGUCAGCAGCUGCUUCAGAGCCUGCGGGAGCAACGGUCCCAGGGUUUCCUUUGUGACUGCACUGUGAUGGUUGGUAGUACCCAGUUCUUGGCCCAUCGGGCUGUGCUGGCCUCCUGCAGCCCAUUCUUUCAGCUUUUCUACAAGGAGCGGGAAUUGGACAAGAGGGACCUGGUGUGUAUUCACAAUGAGAUUGUCACGGCCCCAGCCUUUGGGUUGCUUUUGGACUUUAUGUAUGCUGGCCAGCUGGCCCUUAGGGGAGAUACUCCUCUAGAAGAUGUGCUGGCAGCUGCCAGCUACUUGCACAUGAAUGACAUUGUUAAGGUUUGUAAGCAACGAUUGCAGGCCCGAGCUCUGGCAGAGGCAGACAGUACCAAGAAGGAAGAGGAAACCAAUCCUGCUAGUCUGGAGUUUUUGUCAGGCAGUUCUCGAGGCCCACAGCCUUUACUGGCAUCUGUUGAACCGUCAGCCCGCUGGAACAAAGAGGAAUGGAAGGGUCCAGCCACUCCCUUACCCAUUGCUCAUCCUGCAGAUGAGCCACCAGUAUCUGGGGGGGCAGACACUACACAACCAAGCAUGGAAGUUGACUCAUCACAUCUUCGGGCACCUCCUCCACCAGUGGCUGAUGUCUCCGUCUCUCUUGCCAGCCCAAGUAGCUCUACAGAGACCAUUCCUGUAAACUACUUCUCUUCUGGCCUUCCAGGAGUUUCGGUGGAGCCCUUGACUCCUCUUGAUGUGGUUCCUGAGAGUCUGAGGGUGGUGGAACCAAGGGAUACUGGAGGACCAUUGCAAGGCUUCUAUCCCCCAGCUCCAGCCCCACCCCCAGCGCCAGCCCCAGUUCUAUCCCAGGCUCCAGCCCCAGUUGAAGCUGAACUGGUCCAGGUAAAAGUAGAAGCUAUUGUGAUCUCUGAUGAGGAGGCUGACUUGUCAGAGGAACAGCCCCACAGAUCUGAAGGGCUGUUCCCACCUGGAGGAGCAGUGUAUGGGGGACAGCCCUCACAGGCAGAGGCUUUUGAGGAGCCAGGGGCAACAGGACUAGAGGAGGUGGGGCCAAGUGACCACUUCCUGCCUCCGGAAUCUCAUCUACCAUACCAUCUGCUGCCAGGUCCAGGGCAGUAUCAUCGAGGGCUGGUAACCUCACCCCUGCCUGCACCAGCAGCCCUGCAUGAACCACUCUACCCUCCUCCUGAGUAUGAAGCAGCCCAAGGGAGCUUUGGAAAUUUUACAGAGGAUGUUCCCACCUGCAAGACUUGUGGAAAGACCUUCUCAUGUUCUUAUACACUAAGGCGACAUGCCACAGUGCACACACGUGAGCGGCCCUAUGAGUGCCGCUAUUGCCUACGAAGCUACACACAGUCAGGGGACCUCUACCGCCACAUCCGCAAGGCUCACAAUGAGGACCUGGCCAAACGCAGCAAACCAGAUCCAGAGGCUAGCACCAUUCUAGGGGUGCAGCCCCUCUCUGGCUCCCAAACGACAGAGAGACAUAGCAGUGGUGGUGGAGGUCCACCCAAAGAAUUUGCACUUGGUCCUAAAAAUUAACAUCUGGGGAGCAUGAACUGAUGCCAGGCCUGCUCUUACCAUUGCUAGAUGGCUACAGAGAAGGCUGGAAGCACCUCAUCACUCCAGGGUGGCAGAAUGAAGGUUCUUCCCAACCCGAAGCUGUCUACCCUUUUCUUUGCCCAGCCAGAUAAACAGGAUGUUAUAGGGCAGAGCAAGUCAGCCAGUUCUCCAAGGGCACUGAGAAUUUUCCUGAGGUGUAACUGCUCAUUCCACAUUCUGGAACAUAAAACUAGCACUGAAAUUAUCCCUUUGAACUGGUGUUGGCUGGUUUCUUCCACAUGUCUACAUGACUUCAUGUCUGCCCUCUAGUUCUUUUAUCUGACACCUGUAUUGGGUAAGCAUGUGAGUCUAAUUGCUCAUGAGGCAAAAAGUGAGACAGGGAGAGGGUGGCAUAGACUUAAAGUACAAAGAGGGAAUCUUAGACAUGGAUUGCUGUAGUUGAACUUGUGUUCUGGGCUGGAUUGGGCACUUCACGAUUAAUCUUUUGACAACUUCAUGGGGGUAUUAGGCCCACCUCCCUUUCCCGAGACUUGAGACUUGGGACUCAUUCAUUCGUUCAGGGUCAUAGAGCUGGUUAUGGAGAAAACUAGGAUUUGAACUUGGCUUGUGACUCCAGACAACAUGCUUGUUAUUGUGGUCCACAGCAAACGUUCAAGGCAGGUAGAAGUCGGUUUCUUUUUUUGAGACAGGGUUUCUCUGUAUGACAGUGUUGGCUGUCCUGGGAUUCACUCUGUAGACCAGGCAAGAUUUCAGAGUUAAGCCUGCUGUCUCCCCAGUGCUGGGAUCAAAUGCAUGCACCAGCACCAACUGGCCUUUUUUUUUUUUAUGAUUUAUUUAUUCACCAGGUGUAGUGGUGAAUUACACAGGGCUGUUACACAGAAACCCCAUCUCAAAGAACCAAGAGAAAAGAUUUAUUAGGAGGGCAGUGGUAGACAGUUUGCUUUUAAUCUCGGUAUUGGGAGGCAGAGGCAGGUGGAUCUCUGAGGACAGCCUAGUCUCCAAGAUCAGGAUACCUAGGGCGACACACCCUAUCUCAAAAAAACCAAAAUAAAAUAAAAAUGUAUUCUUA